AUGUCACAGGUUAGUGCACAAAACUCUUUCAAUCAAAAAAAAGCUUCUAUACUGAAGGAAAUAUCCUCUACUGCGUCUGACUUAUCGCCAAAGGGAUCUAUCGAUGAGCUAUGUUUGCCUGUCAUGGACUUGAUCAACUCUCACAACGAUAUGGUGACAACCUCAUCUUGCUCUGGUAGGAUUAGUGUUUUUGUGGAAGGUACGAAGAGGAAAACUAAUGAGACUGACCUUAAAGUUGGUGGAAAAGGUCAAGGUGGUAAAUGGCUAUAUGUUUCACAUGAUAUAAACAAGGUAAUUGGAUGGAUGGAUACGUUGAAUGAUGUCACAUUUGUUGAGGACAAACGUUCCUCUCCUUUACCAUCAGACCUUGAUGGAAGCUUACGUUACAUUCUGUAUAAAUAUGAACCUUUUAUUUUGCACGUUAAAUGUAGAGACUUUGAAACUGCUUCCCAUUUAUAUAACGUAGCAAUGUCCUGUGGGUUCAGAGAAAGUGGGAUUGGUUCCAACAACCUUGUGGCUAUACGGAUCAACAUCAAGCUUGAUGUGCCAAUUGGAUAUUUGAACGAGGAAAACGAUGCAUUGUCAUUCUUUGUGACAAAGGAAUAUAUCAAUUUGCUCGAUCAACUUACAUUAUCAAAAUUCAAUGACAAUACUAAAAAAAUGGCUGAACUUUACAGGAAGGUAGAGAAUGAAAUGAUAAAUGUGACUGAGGCAGCAACAAUGGAUAAUUCAUCAAAAGUAGGAAAAGUCAAACAAGAAACAAAGGAUGAAAGGAGAGAAAGAAAGAGAAGGGAGGGUUUGGAAAGACAACGUCAGGUUCAACAACGUAAAGAAGAGCAAGAAAUAUCUCAGUAA